UGGACAUAACUGAACAAAGGAAUCAUCUGAAGCUUUCACUUAUAAUCCACAUACACAACUUGUGACUGAGUUGUAACAAAAUGGAGAUGAUGCAGGAGAUUGUUCCAUUUGCGAGGGAGAUGCUAAGUGCUCGACCGUCAAAAGGCACCAUGAAGGUAUAUCUGGUGGGAGGGACCUUUGCAGUCCUGGGCCUCUUGAGCGGCAUGGUGGAGGCUGCCUGUUCACUUUUUCCUGAGCAGGAAGAAAGCACUCUAACUAAACUGAUGGAGGACUGCUUAACAGUGACGGCUCAGAAUCAGGAGCCACAGACGUUCAUCCCAGAAGACGAUGAACAGGACGCUGAGAUGGAAGCCAAGGCUAAGGACCUGCCCAUGUUCAGGCAGAGGCGUAUGAGUUUCCGAGCUCAUGCUUCUUAAAAUACACACUCACUAACACACUGUGUGUGCUGCCGUUGCACUGAGGUUUGUGUAUGUCUGACAGAGAGGAAAUGCUAAGUGCCUGUUGGGACUGAACGCUGUUGAACAGCUAAUGUUGGGAGUCUGUUCUCAAAUGUUACUUGUAAGUUUGUUAUGAUGUAAUGAUUUUCUACUGGCUGAAUAUUAUUUAUAAAGGAUGUAACAAGUCUUUAAUGGAUGAGCUUUCUUUGGUUGCAGUUAAAUAAAUUCUAGUUUGUGCAAAA